AAUCGCAAGUUGGACCGACUCAGUUCGCGCAUGCGCGUCGGCUAGGAGCUUACGCACCGUCAGUGUCCCUCAUUUUUCGAAACAGCCUUCCGCAAUGAAUACGCGUCAACUUCGGAAAAUUGCCGUAGCCGCAAAAUCAUUACAGAAACAACAAUCUUCAUGUAUCUGUAAGCGUAAUUACAGCCAAGUAAGACCCGUUUAUGUAAUAGAAAGACCUAAAUGGAGAAAUUCUGCACAAAGUUUCUACGCUGCUCAAUCCAUCGAUGCAAGAUUCUACUCAUUCGUUCACAACAUAGAUCCUGCGGUAAAAGAAGGAUCACACAAAAAUGCUGAUGAUGUGCUGUUUGACAUGUUCAAGAAUGAGGAUACAGGACUACUACCCGUUGGAAAGUUCUUGGCUGCUCUGCGAACCACCGGAAUAAAAAAGAAUGACCCAAGAGUUAAAGAAGUUAUGCACAAUCUGUACAAAGUACAUAAAGAAUCUAACUUCGAAGGAGGAUCGCCAGAGACACUCAAGUUAGAUAAAAAGAGAUUCAAAGAAGUCAUUGCGCCAAACAUAGUGUUAAUAACACGCGCAUUUAGAAGUCAGUUCGUUAUCCCCGAUUUUCAAGAUUUUAUUAAAGAUAUUGAAGAAAUGUACUGGACAGCAAAAAGUAUUACGGAUGGAAAAGUAGCCAGUUACAUUCCACAACUGGCUAGAGCUAAUUCAGACAAUUGGGGAGUUAGUGUUUGCACAAUUGAUGGACAAAGGUUUUCGAUAGGAGAUGUAAAUGUGCCAUUCACUCUACAAUCUUGUAGCAAGCCGUUAACAUAUGCAAUGGCACUUGAGACCCUUGGCCCCGACGUCGUUCAUCAAUAUGUUGGCACCGAACCAAGCGGCAGAAACUUCAAUGAACUGGUUUUAGAUCAUAACAUGAAGCCGCACAAUCCCAUGAUUAACGCGGGGGCAAUAUUAGUCUGCUCAUUACUAAAGACUUUGGAUAAGCCUGAAAUGACCUUGGCGGAAAAAUUUGACUACGUUAUGUCUUUCUUCAGCCGUCUGGCUGGCCAUGAAGUUUUGGGCUUCAAUAACGCGGUAUUUCUGUCGGAGCGUGAAGCAGCCGAUAGGAAUUACGCGCUAGGAUUUUACAUGCGAGAGCACAAAUGUUAUCCCGAUAAGACUAAUUUACGAGAAUGUAUGGAUUUCUAUUUUCAGUGCUGCUCUAUGGAAGCUAAUUGCGAUAUAAUGACGAUUAUGGCUGCAACAUUGGCUAAUGGAGGAAUCUGCCCUAUUACGGAUGAGAAAGUCCUAAGGCCUGAUUCAGUGCGAAAUGUUCUAUCACUUAUGCACAGUUGUGGAAUGUACGACUAUUCAGGACAAUUUGCCUUUAAAGUAGGACUACCAGCGAAGUCAGGAGUUUCUGGUGCUAUGCUUAUAGUGGUACCAAAUGUUAUGGGUAUAUGCACAUGGUCGCCACCGCUUGAUCCUUUAGGAAACAGUUGCAGGGGCUUGCAGUUUUGUGAGGAGCUUAUUAAGCGGUUCAAUUUCCAUAAAUACGAUAACAUUCGGUAUGCCAGUCAUAAGAAAGACCCUCGGCGUUACAAAUUCGAAUCCACAGGACUUAGUAUUGUUAAUUUGUUAUUCUCUGCUGCAAGUGGAGAUUUAAGUGCACUAAGGAGACAACAUCUUUCCGGCAUGGACAUGACGCUAUCUGAUUACGACGGACGUACAGCAUUACACCUUGCUGCUGCUGAAGGGCAUCAGGCAUGUGUGGAAUUCCUCCUGGCUCAAUGUAAUGUACCCCACGACCCCCAGGACCGUUGGGGCAGCCGACCCCUUAAUGAGGCGGAGACUUUUGGACACACAUCUGUAGUGGAGUACUUGAAAGAAUGGGAAAUAACUCACCCGCUUGGAAUGGAGCCCAAACCCUCAUCUUCAGUUGAUGACAUUUUGGAUGUCCAACCUCAAGCUGAUGAUCCUGUUAACGAUCCAAGCAUCCAAGAGAUAGUGAAAAGAAAUGGCGAUAAAGUAAAUUAAAAUACAUAAUGUGGAAUCAUUGAUUCAAAUAAAAAAGUAUAUUUUGGUGUUACCUAUAGUAGAUACCAGAUAUUGUGUAUAUUUAAGCAUGCAGAAAUUACAAUUUGGCUUGCAUUUACCAGUGAAACACCUUUUUAAAAUUACUUAAAACCUUGUAUACUAGGUUUGUUAAAUUUAUAUAAAACACUAGAAAAAUAAAUUAUUGUAUGUGGUCAAUGUUAAAUGAAUACAAACUUACUGAAUGAAAUAAAAAAAGCAGCUGUCAAUUAUGUCAUAUUAAAAGUUUGAUUGAUUUUAACACAAAAGGUUAAAUUUAUGAUUAAUUGUAAUAUCCAAUUACUAAAUGAUCUAGUUUCAUAUGUUGUGUACUACACAUUAUCUAUGAUUAUAGAAGAAAUUGCUUAUAUAAGCUGUGAUAUUAAUUUUAAUCUCAAUACAUAAUUACUUGCUUACUACAUAUUUCAAUAAAAUAUGUUUUGUCCAAUAAUAACAUGAGACAUUCCAUGAAAUAUGUCAUUUAUCAUAUUUCUCUCAGAAAAAUUAACAAUUUGUUACUGGAAUGUUAAAUAUUUUAAUGUAACUUUUAUCUCAAAAUAUAUGACAAUAAUAUUUCUAGUAAUAAUUCUAUGUGUGUUAACUGAAUUAUGAUUAAGUAGGUAUAUUGUCCCGUUCAAUAUGUCAAUUAAAGUUGAAAAAGUG